AUGCCGACGUCUCUGGAUCGCGCAAUGAAUUCUAAGAACCUAUUCCUCGGGUUUGUAGGCAUGGUCACGGCAGCGGCGGUGUGGUCGAUCUGGGGCAACGAAAUGUUUCCUGCUGAAGAUGAUCCGAAGGGAGGCAAGUACCCCUCCACAUGGACGCUCGAGGAGAUGCGCCGAUGGCUUCGCGCUCGAGGUUUGAUGCCUGAUCGGAAGGCUACACGCGAGGAGCUCCUUGAACGUAUUCGAGCGAAUCUUCGGUACCAGCCAAAGUCACCGGAGUGA